GCAAUAAGUGAUAAAGAGAUGGAUUGCACCAAAUAAGAGAGAACGAUAAUUGUUAAUCUAGGGACGAGGGCAAAUUGUCAGUUUGUUCAGGUCUAUCUUCAGUUGCAGUUCAACAACUAUUUUUAUCGUACCUCCAACAUUAUAUAACUAAAGUUAAUUAUUUUAUAGAAAAAUAGUUUCAGAGAGUCCAAUAAUUACCAUGAAGUUUAUUGGCUCUCUUCUUUAUCUUUUAUUAAUAUUAAUAACUCUUUCAAGUAUCGUAACAUCGGAGCCUAAGGUAAAAGGAUCCCUGGGUAUUAGAAAAAGAAAUUCAAAAUUAUCGACUUUAUCUAGAAGGAAUUCAAAAGGAAGAUCAAGAAGAAGCAUUGACUUUAAUGAUGUAGUUAAAUUACCUGGAUACAGAAUGCCCCGGAGUUUUAAACCAGACACUUAUGAACUUGAAAUAAAACCUUACACAAUAAAUGCUACUUUUGUUGGGAAUCUUAAAAUAUUUGGCAAUUGGAUCAGUGAUGGCUCACGAAUAAAAUUGGAUGCCGAUCGUGGAUUGGAUAUCACUAACAUAAAUAUCCAAUGUAUCGCUCCGAACACUACGUCGACAUUUGAAGAUGCUAACGUAGCUGAGCGUGAGCACAAUAUACAAAAAUCUGAAUUAAAUAUCGAUUUGGAACAAUGGUACACCGGAGGACAAAAAUGUAUCAUAAAUAUCAAUUACACCGGUAAUAUUUCAACGUCUGACUCGUAUGGAUUUUUCAUGAAUUCAUAUCUGGAUACUCUCGCUCAAGCCCAACGUACUGUUGUCAGCACAUUUCUCGCUACUCAUCUGAGACUCAAUAAUGCAAGAAAACUAUUUCCUUGCAUCGAUGAGCCGGAAUAUAAGGCAACCUUUAUGCUCUCCUUGAUUCGUCCAAAAAAUCUCCACUCUCGUUCAAAUAUGCCUCUCAUAGCGUCUACUGAAAUAUCAGGAGAGCCGAAUUUAAUGAGAGAUAUUUUUGAAAAAACUCCUGAAAUUUCGACGUACCAAUUGUCAUUUAUGAUUUCGGAUUUCGAAAGUAUGUCACCCAGUAGAUCUGUUAAUCCGACAGAAGGUCGCGCUCCGCUGGAAAUAAAAAUCUGGGGAAGAAAAGAAUAUUUGCCAACAUUGUCUAAAGUUCCAAAUAAAAUUGUUACAAUUGUUAAUUACUUACAAAAUUAUUUUAAUAUUUCAAUCGGUCUGCCUAAAUUGGAUCUUGUGGCUAUGCCCAUGUACACCGCUUCAAAAGCGUCCGACAGUUGGGGUCUUAUGUUUUUCAAAGAAAGUGAAUUGAGCAGUCCAUCAGUUUGGAAUACAGCUUAUGAAUUAAUUUAUCAAUGGAUUGGACAAAGAAUCACUCCUUUCCGAUGGAGUGACGCUCAAGUUAACAAAGCGCUGAAUUCAUUUUUAGCGUCUAAAACAACAGUAGACAUUGAUCCAAAUGAAACGGAAGGAAAAUGGCCAAUGACACUUUUAUACUCUCUGUACUACGAGUUUGGUAAAACAUUGCCAUUUACCCGAGUCGCUGGUAUAAGACACGAAGCGACGUGCUCAAAAACUGAAUUGGUAUUCCGCAUGUUUAAUUAUACACUUGGUGAAGAUAUUUUCCGGCAGGGAGUCCAAAAAUUUAUUCACGAAUCGGCUAAAAAUCGGAGUUUUUAUGCUAAUGAAAUAUUCAGUCAAUUGGAUGAAGUGAGGGUGAAGAAUAAUUUAACCCUGCCUAAUGACCUGACAAUCAGCAGCAUCGCAGCGCCUUGGAUAAAUAGAGACCGUGUACCAGUGGUAACAGUAACUCGCGAUUACGAAACCGGAAGUAUAACCUUCACACAAAAUGUAUUUCUUCGUCAACUACCACCAGCUUCUAAUGAAAAAAUGUCUUAUCUAUGGGACAUACCAAUUAUAAUGGUAUCACAAAAUGAUUUGAAAUUUUCUAAACUUUAUCCUAAUUUAUGGUUGACUAAAAGUGACAGUACUAUCACUGUACCAGAUUCUACAUCCAAAGAUCAUUUUGUUAUUGUUAAUCCAGAAGAAAUAGGAAUGUUUCCGGUAAAUUACGAUCUCUGCAAUUGGCAAAUGUUAAGUGAAUUUCUUCAAGGACCCAACCGAGAAACAAUACCGGUGUUAACUCGCGCUAAACUAUUACAUGACGCCUGGAAUAUGGCAUACUCAGGUAAUUUUUGCUUCCAAGUAGCGCUCAAUAUGACACUAUUUUUAAAAAACGAAACAAGUCACGUUGUCUGGCAGCCGUUUUUCACCAUGAUUGAUCACGUUGGCAGAAAAAUCCAAGAAUCAGAGACUGUAGCAUCUAAUUUUGAAGCGUACAUCUUUAGUCUCCUUGAGCCGUUGUACAAGAAUCAGCUCGGCGAGACGGCAAGUCCAAAUGAGCCUUCGUGGAAAACUCACAUGAGAGGUCUUGUCAAGAAUUUCUUAUGUCGCGCCGGUUACCGUCCUUGCAUCGAAGAAGCCAAAGAACAGUAUAAAAAGUGGAUGAAGGAUGAUGAACCCGAUGAAGGAAAUCCAGUCGCGAAUGAAUUUAUUUGUCCAGUUUUCCGAUGGGGCACGAUGGAAGAAUGGGAGUUUGGUCUUCAAAGAGUAAUUAAUUUUCCCCAGAAAACAAUGGAGCGAAAACAGAGCGAGCGGACAUAUUUAUUGAAAACUUUAGCGGGAUGUCCUGUUGAUAAAAGUAAAAUUGAAAGGCUAUUGAAUGUUACAAUCCUUAAUGAGAAUUCAAACUUCACGGAUUCGGAUAUUCAAUUAAUCUAUAGUACCUUGACAGGAAGCGCAACCGGAUAUUUUGCAUUAUUUGAUUUUCUCGUAGAUCACUGGGAUCUGAUGAAGCAAAGAUUUGAAAGCAAAGAGCAUUUGUGGAACGGUAUUAUUAACUCAGCUACUUCAUCAUUCAGCACUCAGGAAGGCUAUGAUAUGGUAUCGCAAUUGUACAAAGACCGUCAAAGGGAGGCUGAUCCGUCAGAAGUCAUUAUUAAAAAAGUAAUGGGAGAUUUAGAGGAAGAAUUGAAGUGGAGUAAAAAAAAUCUUCCUGUCAUUGAAGAAUGGUUGAACAAUCAUCUCGAUAAACAACGACCGUCGUUACUCAUGUCUUCCGCUCGUCAUAUAACAACUACUGCUGCUCCUACUACAAGUAGUUCUACUCUAACUCCAAUUGCUGGAUAAAUUUAAAGCUUUUUUUUUUUAUAAAUUUACUAAUUAAUGUAUUUAAUAUUUUUAUUGUGUAUUGAUUAUUUACAGAAAGAUAUAUUUAUAUUUUCUUAUCCAAAUGCAGUGUAAAAAAAUAUCUGUUGAUUUGAACUUAAAUUAUUAGCAAACUAGGUUACUCUGAUUGCCCCAAAUAACAUUAUACUUUCCUAGAACAAAUAUAUAAACUUUAUUAUCGAGCAAACUAGCCAAAAAAGUUUAUAAACAAAAAUAAACUAAUUCGCAAACUCGUUAGAACAUCGUAUUACAACCAAAUCCUGGCUCCAAUUAAAAAUAUAUUAAUAUAAUUGUUGCAUAACUUUUAAUUUGAUGUUAAAAAAUAUCUAAAGAAA